AUGUCUAAUCAAGGACCUCAACUCCGUCACAAGGCUUCCGAGCCUGCCACCGGCAAGGGCGCCUCGAUCGCCGAAGAGAGGGAGAAACAAGCCGCCCUCAAAGCAUACGCCAACGACGAGGGCCACUUUUCCCUCGUCCGAAAUUUCCGGAUGGCGGAUAUCAUCACCCUGGGGAACGCCGUCUGCGGGACCCUAUGCAUCUUCCUGUGCAUCCGUUAUCUCAGCUUGAGCGCCAACAUGAGCGGAGCACCGAGUGAGGAGGCUAUGACGAGCUUGUAUUGGGCGCACUUCUUGCCCAUGCUCGGGUUCGGGUUUGAUGCGCUCGACGGGAGGGUCGCGAGGAUGAUGGGUGGGGGCAGUCUUUUGGGACAAGAGCUGGACAGUCUGGCUGAUCUGAUCUCAUUCGGUGUCGCCCCUGCCACCCUAGCCUACACCCUCGGCAUGCGUCUCCCCCUCGACAUCGCCUGCCUCUUAUUCUUCGUCUCUGGCGGUCUAGCCCGUCUCGCCCGGUUCAACGCCACCGUCGCCCUCGUCCCCACAGGCAAGUCCGGCUCGAUCAAGUUCUUCACCGGGAUCCCCAUCCCCUCGAGUUUGGGCUUGACGGCGUUCAUGUGGGGUUGCGCCAAGACGGGCCAUUUUGUCGGUGCCAAAGGAUGGACGGGGAGCGUAGGGGACGUCGCUGGCAAGUUGGCCGCGGGGAAACAGGUAGCGGAGAUCGAUUGGGCCGCGAUCAGGAGGUUGGGAGAUCUCCCUGGGGGAACUAUCAAGUUGUUCGGCGAGGCGGGUGGGAUUGGUGAAGUCCACCUCUUGAGCUUUGUCUUUUUGGCCUGGGCGGCCGCCAUGGUCAGCAAGACGUUGAAGGUGCCCAAGCUGUAA